AUAAAAUGGAGUAAACAGCUGGAGUGCGCAAGAAGAGUAUAAAGGGCAAAAGUCCAAUAAGCCCAGCCCAACCUCUCUCUCUCUCUCUCUCUCUCUCUCAUCCUUUUCCCAUUUUCCAACUCCUCUCCUUCUAUGGAGGCCCCAACUCCACCCCCGCCACUCGCCGGCGCCCCGACCAACCCCACGGCUGCUGUCUCCCCGGACUCCAUCGACUCCUCCCCUCGCUCUCGCCAGACCGACUCCUGGGAUGCUGAUCCUCCGCCGCCCCAAAAGCUCCGCCUCAUGUGCAGCUAUGGCGGCCACAUAGUCCCCCGCCCCCACGACAAAACCCUCUGCUACAUCGGCGGGGACACUCGCAUCAUCGUCAUCGACCGCCACACAUCCCUCGCCGAUCUCCGCCAGCGCUUCUCGAAAACCCUCCUCCACAACCAGCCCUUCACCCUAAAGUAUCAGCUCCCCAACGAAGACCUCGAUUCCUUAAUUUCCGUCACCACGGAUGAAGAUCUCGAGAACAUGGUGGAGGAGUACGACCGCCUCAACAAUCCCGCCACCGCCGCCGCGGGAGCGGCGAAAAGCGGCCGCCUCCGCCUAUUUCUGUUCCCGAAAACCUCCUCCAACAACAUCGAGCAGCUUCUGGUGGAGACGGCUUCUACCAAAUCGGAGGACUGGUUUUUUAACGCUCUCAACGGCAAGGCGAGUACUCUGUCCGCCGGCGCCAGUGACCGUGGCCUCUCGGAGUCUUCAUCUAUCAAUUGUCUCCUUGGAUUGGAUGACGAUUUAGUCGGGAAGACGGCGGCGGCGGCUGCGAAGGAUGUCGAGGCCCAGAUCGAGAAUUCUAAAUCUGGCGGAAACGGGAACAGUAACGCGAAUAAUCACGAUGUGAAUUCGGUUCCUGACUCUCCUAUGCUGGAAACGACGUCGUCGUUUGGGUCCACCUCGAGUACUCCGUCGGUGGCCAAUUUGCCCCCAAUUAGGGUUCACGUUGAGGAGAAUCCGAAGGUGGGAAUUGAGGAUCAGCUUCAGCAGAUGAAUUUGGGGGUUCCGCAAAAGCUGGAGGAGGCUGGAGGUUUGGUGGCGGCAGUUGGGCCGGUGGUUUCUGGUGUUCCGGUGGUGGUUGGCGGCGAUUACCCUAAUCUCAAUCGGGUUAUCUCCGAUGAUGAAAGAUCCGAACAAGGUGGGUACAGAAAGCCACAACAGAUUCAGCCGCAUGGAUUACCACAGCUGCCCAUUCCUCAGUUCCAGCAGAGGCAACCUGUGGCCUUCGAUUUAGCUUCUCCAGAUUCAGUUUCAAGUGAAGGAAGUAUGGCAAAUCCAUUAAACAAACAGAGACAAGCUAUGUAUCAAGAAUCAAUCCUGCAAUUACAAUCUGGAAAUGCUAGGGUCGCUGUUAAUCAGCCCGAUCAAAAUUCCGGUGAUCAAAACAAUGCUAAAAUUCAAAUGCAACCAACCCCCCAAAUCCAAGAAUCAUCCGGCUACAUCUUACCUGGCCAACAAUACGAACAAAAUCAUCCUCAGUUACAUCAGCCACAACAACAAUUCAUUCAUCCCGGUAGUCAAUAUAUUUCUGCUGGACCCGUUCCCAUUACAUCUUAUUACCCCAUUUACCCUCCCCAGCAGCAAAAUCAUCUGCACCAGCCUGCAAUGGAUCAGCAAUACCCGUUCUAUUUCAUUCAAGCUAGACAUACACAUACCCCAGGGUACAACAUCCCAAUGCAGCAAGCAAACUACAACAAUGAAUUAGCGCCAAAUGCUCCGUCACAAACUCCUCCUUCUUCAGCCACACCCCUCGGCACUUUUAAUCAAGCUGUAAGUGCUCCUUCUAAGCCCGAAAUGUCUACAGGUGUUUACCGGACAGCAAUUGGGUCGGGCCCACAAUUGAUCCAGGUCCCGUCUAGUCAGCAUCAGGCCCAAUAUGUAGGGUUCAGUCAGAUUCAUCAUCCAUCCCAAUCUGUGGCGGCUAAUUCGAGUUAUGCUUAUGAGCUAACCGAUCCUAAUCAUGCUCAGAUGUAUUAUAACCAGGCUUUGCCGCCACAGUUGGCUGCUCACUACCAGACCCUUACAUCAGCCCCUGCUGUGGUUGUACCGGAUGCAUCAGGUCAGGUACCUUCGGAGAAUAUCAAGCAGCAAGUGAGGAAUUUGCAGCAGUGACAGGUGAGUUUUGGUGUGGAUAUGGACAAUUUUGCCGUUGUGGGGUUUGGUUUAUAUUUGGAAUUUUUAUAUUAGCAAUCUGCUUUUUACUGUUCUUAUUGGUUUGUGUGGUAUGUAAUUUUAAUAGGUAAUAAAGAACUUCUGGGAUUUUGAUCUUCAUUAUGUCUCGUGUGUGUCAUUGCUGUUAUUUAGUGAAAGUGGACGAUGUUUUAUGUGAUUCUGUAAAAUUUAAGAAUGUUUAAAGGAUUACAUACAUGGUCAUCCUUAUAUUAUAUAUAUCAGUUGUUGAUAAAAUAUGAGACAGUAUUUGAACUUUACCAAGUGUAAGCUUUUUGUUAGUUUGUGGUGUUUAUUCCGUUUGGAUCAUCUGCAGAUUUUCUGUUGAUGAUACUUUUUUUNNNNUUUU